AUGAUGCGUUUCUUCUGGCUUGGUGCCGCCUUGGGGACAACUGCUGUCUUGGCUCAAGGCAUAAGCAGCUGUCCUGGGUACGCUGCCGCGAAUGUAAAGCACCAUAGCAAGGCGAUUACUGCGGAUUUGACUUUAGAGGGCAGCCCGUGCAACGCAUAUGGAGAUGACAUUAAGGAUUUGAAGCUGCUUGUUGAGUAUCAAACAGAAAAUCGGUUACACGUCAAAAUCUACGAUGCCGAUGAGCGUGUAUAUCAAAUCCCCAAUGACUUGUUAGCGAUGCCCGAGUCCGGGAAGUUCUCAGAACCUGAAGACUUGGUAUUUUCUAUGCAACAGAAACCCUUCUCGUUUUCCGUCACUCGCAGGUCCAACGGCCAAGUCCUCUUCAACACUACUGGCCAGACACUCGUUUUCGAGACACAGUAUCUCAGGCUUCGAACCUCGUUGCCCAGCAAUCCAAACAUCUAUGGCCUGGGCGAGAGCUCGGAUCCUUUCCGCCAUGAUUCGCAAAACUACUCGCAUGUCGAUUGGAAUUCGGGUCAGCCAUUCAUGCCGCAGAAUUCCAAUCUGUACGGCUCCUAUCCGAUCUACUACGACCAUCGCGGGAGCAAUGGUACUCAUGCGGUAUAUCUCCACAACUCAAACGGGAUGAAGAUCAAUCUUGGGGUGGACACAGAGGAGUUUCUGGAGUAUAACACUAUCGGAGGCGUUUUCGACUUUUACUUCCUCUCUGGGCCAACCCCAAAAGAUGUCUCAGUCCAGUUCGCUAAAAUCAUUGGCUAUCCAACUCUAAUGCCGUACUGGGGCUUUGGCUUCCACCAGUGUCGAUAUGGCUACCAAGACACCUAUGAGACAGCCGCCGUAGUAGCAAACUACAGUGCCGCAAACAUCCCCUUGGAGACCAUCUGGAACGACAUCGACUAUAUGGACUACCGUUCCACAUUCUCUUUGGACCCACUGCGCUUUCCUCUGAGCAGAAUGCAGCAGUUUGUCAACUAUCUCCAUGACCAUGACCAGCACUACAUCAUGAUGGUAGACCCUGCCGUCGCCUCUCGAGACUAUCCACCCUUCCACGACGGCAUUGCCAAAGACGCCUUCAUGAAGCAGGACAAUGGCACCCUAUACACAGGCGUUGUCUGGCCGGGGCCGACUAACUUCCCCGAUUGGUUCGCGCCCAACGCACAAGCCUUCUGGGACCAGCAGUUCGACACAUUCUUCAACGCUGAUAGCGGUGUGGACAUUGAUGGGCUUUGGAUAGAUAUGAACGAAGCGUCUAACUUUUGCGACUAUCCAUGCCCAAAUCCAAAGCAGUUUUCUAUCGAAAGUCGGGACCCGCCACGUCCGCCUCCGGUGCGAAUGUACUCACCGUACAAGAUACCAGGAUUUCCCGAGAACUUUCAGCCGCAUUGCAUGGCUACUGUUACUUUCAUGGUGGACUCUGAGGUUCCAGACGGAGAUGACCUCCUCUUACUUGGAAGUGCGUUAUCGAUAGGGAACAGCACGCCAUUCUAUGCACCGGAUAUGCAAGGCACGAAUGGGGCCUGGAACCUCACGGUUCAGUUGCCUGCGAACUCAAAAGUUACAUAUUCGUAUCCACUCUAUACACACGAGGGUCUCUACGUAUUUGAGGCGCAAAAUCGGACAAUCCACACAAAAGGAUGUGGCUCAAUGGCUUCAUUCUCAGAUCACUGGACGGUUCCUAAUACAACGGCAGUAGCCGUCCCUGAAACCCAAUAUGCUCUAAAUCGGUCACACCGCGUGAAAAGGGAUGCCGGCUCUUCCGACCCAAAAGGAUCCAUGCAGGGCUUGCCGGGACGUGAUCUGAUCUCCCCACCGUACGAUAUUGGAGCUUAUUUCGGCCCACUGAGUUCACAGACCCUACCAACCAACUUGCACCACGCCAACGGCCUAGCAGAGUAUGACGUCCAUAAUUUUUACGGGAGCAUGAUGGGUAGACAUAGUCGCAAUUCGUUGAUCAAACGUCGACCGGGGAAGAGGCCGCUGAUCAUCACGCGUUCAACUUAUGCCGGCGAUUCCACACGUGUCGGGCAUUGGUUCGGAGACAACCGUUCCAUUGACAGUGACUACCGCCUUCAAAUCAUCCAGAUGAUCCAAUUCGUCGCCAUGUUCCAGGUUCCAAUGGUAGGUUCCGACGUCUGCGGCUUCAACUACGACACCAACCCCAUUCUCUGCGCGCGCUGGGCGGUUCUUGGAGCGUGGAAUAUAUUCUACCGUAACCAUGCAGAGGAGAGCACCAUAUACCAAGAGUUUUACCGGUGGCCGAUUGUUGCGGAUGCUGCUCGCGGAGCCAUUGCCACAAGGUACAAGCUUCUGGACUACAUGUACACAAAUUUCCACCGGCAGAGCACAACUGGCGCUCCGAUGUUGACUCCGUUGAUGUGGGAGUACCCCGACGAUGCCAACACAUUCGCCAUUGACUUGCAGUUCUUUCAUGGCGAUGCUUUCUUGGUGUGUCCUGUCACAACGCCCAACGAGACGAGCGUGACCUUCUACAUGCCAAAGGACACAUUCUAUGACUUUGACACUUUUGAAAAGAUCGAAGGAAAGGGAGCUAACAUGACUCGCAAUAAUGUCGGAUACUCUGAAAUUCCUGUGUACAUCCGAGGUGGCAACAUCAUCCCCAUGCGCACCAAGAGUGCCUACACAACAACAGCGCUCCGGCGAGAAGAUUUUGAGCUUAUAAUCGCUCCUGGCGCUCAUGGGCGUGCCUCGGGGGACCUGUAUCUUGAUGACGGCGAUUCGCUGGAGCCGACCGAAACCAGUCUGCUUCAUUUCAGCUAUAACAAGGGUGUCCUGGAAAUGGACGGCAGUUUCGGCUACCAACCGGAUGUAAAGAUCUCAACAAUCAAGUUGCUUGAUGUCACCGAGUCGAAGUGUGGCAGAUACGAUGCGACAACGCAAACGUUGACACAAAGUGUGGACUUGCCCUUGACGCACAAGUUCUCGUUCAACAUUGAGCAAUGUUGA